AUGGUCUCCAUUGCACAGAAGAAACCGACCUCACGCUCCGCGACAGCUACCAGUUUACUGCUCUUCUCGCAUGAGGGCACUUACAAUGUGUUAUUUGCUUCACGGCUCCAAAAAGGCGAUGCCCUGGCCGUGGCCCGCAUCGCGGGUAUACAAGCCGCGAAAAAGACCUCUGACCUUAUCCCACUCGCCCACCCUGGGCUCAACAUCACCGGCGUCACAGUCCGCCUGGAGCCCUUCAAGAGAGAUAACGUGCCGUUUCCUCUCUCUGAAGCCUUCCAAGCGGACGCAGGGCGAACCCCACACGUGGCCGCCGACGUCGAGACCCUCCACGGCGGAGUCCUGGUCACAGCCACGGUCGCAUGCGAGGGCAAGACGGGUGUGGAAAUGGAGGCCAUUACCGCCGCCUCCGUGGCCGGACUGACCAUGUACGACAUGCUCAAGGGCGUGGACAAAUGCAUGGUGAUGACAAGCACUCGCGUCACGGCGAAAAGUGGAGGCAAGUCUGGAGACUGGGAAUGGGACCAUCAACUACACCAACGCAUUGUCCGCCACGACCAAAAGCCCGCCAGCGAGAGCAGGGGAAUGGGCUCGGGAGGUCGCCAACAGGCCACACCCGAGCCGCAGACGACGACACUCUCGCCACAUCUUCUCCAUCCCACCACGUCUGAGAACCCGAAAUUCCCGAGUAAACAACCUAAGAUUCAAAGCCUUGCGCAGGAGAACACAAGGACCGCCCCCGUGACGGCGGAGGACAUGAAGAUUCAACGGCUGAAGCGUUGGAAUCAACACCACGAAGCCAAUCAAAUACAUGCAAGAUAA